UAUUUAUAAUGACGAAGGGACUGUCCGCGAGCAUGCUGGCGGAAAAAGUCAAACAUUGCCGAUGAAACACAGCAGGAGCGAGAGCACCAGGCAAGGGAUCGUAACACUGGAGCUCAAGGAUAUACCAUGGACUCUGCAUACAUCUCACCACACCUGGACGUCCACCAUGCUCCCUGCUAACCUCCUGCUCCUCAUGGUCUUGCUGCUACCUCAAGCCUCGUCUGGUCGCCAGGGUGGAGAAUCCAGCGAGACUGACAAUGGCAGGGUGCCCCCAUCACCUUCUUCCCCAUCGUCCACGGCAGCACCACCAGAUCCUGGCGUGGCUCAGACCAUCCAGUCCCUCCUCCUGAGCCGGCUGGGCCUGCAGUCUCAGCCGGAACCCAGGCCCGGCGUGCCAGUGCCGCAGUACCUCCUUGACCUCUAUCACUUCCACCAGCAGCAGUACCACCUGCUGGAAGACCCAUCGUUUAGCUUUCCCAGCCAUCACAUCCAGCAGGCUAACACUAUUCGCAGUUUUCACCACAGUGAACCUCAUGGAGACAGUACCAAAGCAAACGAUCAGACAAGAGUGCACAUUUCCUUCAAUAUCUCCUCUAUACCUCAAGAUGAAACGGUUCUCUCUGCUGAACUUCGCCUACUCCGCAGUGACACAGCGUCCCUGGGCCCUGGACCCCACAGAUUAAACUUAUACCUUUCUAAACACCAUGAGGAUCCUGAGCCCACUUUGCUUGAAACAAGGUUACUCACAGAUGGCCUUCAUAACCGUAAAUCUGGUGGUUUCUGGGAGGCAUUUAGCCUAAAUGCGGAGCUCCUCCAUAAGGCCCAUGGUGGGACCGGCAGCUUGGGCUUCCUCCUGGAGACCAAACCUGAAAACAGCACCACCUCACCUGACCAGAGUUACUCCUCUGCUGCAGGUAAUGAUCAGGCAGAGCAAUACAAAAAGAGACACCUGAGGGUAUGCAGGUCUGUGGGGCAGGACGAUCACAGCUGGGCCCAGGAGAGACCCCUCUUGGUGACUUACAGUCAUGACGGCCAUGGAGAGCCUCUAGUCAAACAUGGCAGGAGAACAUCUGGUAAUAACAAGUGGAUUAAGACCAGAAAAGGGUCAAACAUGAGGAGGAAGAAAAGCAGCAAAGGCCACAACAGAGACCACGACUGGGCAAAGGCCAGAAAAAUCGAUUAUUCUACGAAGAGCUGGGGGGAUGAUAAAGGAGGAGCAAGCUGGAGUGAUCGUGGAAGGGUGAAAAGAAAUGGUGGUCCAGCUAAACUGAAGCGGAUGUCCCGUGGCAGGUGCCGGCGCCAUCCUCUAUAUGUAGAUUUUAGUGAUGUGGGCUGGCACAAGUGGAUCAUCGCACCUAGUGGCUAUGAUGCCUUCUUCUGCCUUGGAGAGUGCCGUUACCCUCUGGCUGACCACAUGAAUGCCUCCAGCCAUGCUGUGGUCCAAACCAUGGUAAACUCUGUGAACGUAGCAGUGCCCCGGGCCUGCUGCGUCCCAACCUCCCUCAGCCCCAUUGCCCUGCUGUACCUGGACAAUCACGACAGAGUCGUGCUGAAAAAUUACCAAGACAUGGUGGUGGAGAGCUGUGGCUGCUGGUAGAGGGGCCGGAGGGCUGGGACACUCACACUGUCAGCGGACCAUCGGGAAAACAAAAAAGGAAGCUGAAAGGGCAGGUGGAUGGGAGGAGGAGGCAGAAAGAGAACAGCCAAAAAACAAAAACUGCAAACGGACAGAGACUGAAAGAAAAGUGGCAAAUAGAAAUGUGAGCAGACAUGAGGAAAGUUAUCAUUAUCAGAAGCAAGAGAUUAGAAAGAGGGAGCUUAAGAUAGGAGAAAGUUUGAAAGAAUCGACGUUCUACGUGCGGAUAAAUGAUAAGCGGUCAUACCAAUGACAGAAAUAAACUGCCAUGAGGGAUUCUCUAUUUACCAUUUUGCAAUUUUGCAGCUGUUUACAUCAUUCACUGCCAGUCUACUAGUUUCACUGUGAGAAAGCCUAUGCUUUGACAUCAAAUGCUUUAACGACAAAAGUCGUGCUUUAAUGACUGCAACCUGUCAGAAAGCACAGGUUGAAGGAAGACAGCCAAACUCUGAAGUAGUAAUAGGAACCACUGAUGGGCAGAGAUGGAGACUUCAGUUGCACCUGAAUAGCAAAAACAACGACUUCAACGACUUGACACAGACUCUCAACCUAAAGACUUGAGACUUAGCUCAGACUCGAGGUCUGGGACUUGAAUCUCACGAACAAGCUUUAUUUCACAUAAUCAGGGGGAAAGUAAGCAAGGCAUAGUUGAUUAUUUGGAUAAA